AUGGAGUCCGCCGUGGACUCAGCGUCGACCGCGAGCGAGGUGAGCGGCUCGUCGGGCGGGUCGCCGCGUGUGAAGGCUGCGUCGCCGGCGCGCGCCAUGAGCCCGCCGGCGCUGUUGGCGCCGCGGCUGCCGCUGCCGCCGCCUGGCCUGGGCCUGCUCGGCUCCCUGCAGAUGAUGCACCACUCGCCGCUCGAGCUCAUGGCGGCCGCGCACCACCACGGCCCGCCGAGAUACGGCAGCCCGCCGCCCAUCUCUACCUCCGACCCGUCCGCCAACGAGUGCAAGCUUGUCGACUACCGCGGACAGAAGGUCGCCGCCUUCAUCAUCCAGGGCGACACGAUGCUCUGCCUGCCCCAAGCGUUCGAACUCUUCCUCAAGCAUCUCGUGGGGGGCUUACACACAGUGUAUACGAAACUGAAACGUCUGGACAUAGUGCCGUUGGUGUGCAACGUGGAGCAGGUUCGAAUCCUGCGCGGGCUCGGCGCCAUCCAGCCGGGCGUUAACCGCUGCAAGCUGCUCUCGUGCAAGGACUUCGACGUGCUGUACCGGGACUGCACCACCGCAAGCCGCAACUCUUCAACAGGCAGCACUCCACACUCCACAGUCAGAUUUGACAACGACGGCACGCGCCGCGACAGUCACUUCGUUUAUAGGAUGAUAAGUGUUCCGCACAGUAAAACAAUUAGUAGAAAAAGCGAACGUCAACAGCAUAAUAAGCGUGAUCAAUUAAAAUUCGCUUCCGUGCCAGUUAUUGAAUGGCCGAUAGAAAACAUCGCAUGGCGUGCAGUCGGCGCGUUGUAA